AUGGGCAACAAAGAGCGCUCAAAACGGAAGAGGACCUUGAUCCGAAAAAUGAUUGAGUACUCUCUUUUAUUCGAUGUCGACAUCAUGAUUAUCACUAGAGAUAAGGAGACAAAACAGCAAAAGCUGUUCAGACCAACUCACAGAGGCGUAGACGCACAUUGGAUGCCAGACCUUGAAAACAUUGAGAUUUGCGACGCCGGUGAUGAAUCCGUGGCGGAAGACCUGAGAAGCGAAUUUGAAGUGAGACGGAUGAGGAGGGCUUUGCAGGCAAGCAAGGUGCCCAAGCUGUCUGAUGGGGCCAAGUAG